UUCUCUUUUUAUCUUGGAAUCAUCCCAAAUCUUUUUUUUUGUGAUAUUCAAGAGUUUUUACAUUGUGAAUGCACCCUUCUGUCAUUUUCAGAUCCCAAAAUUGUCAGAACUCAGUCACUCACACCUGUCUGAUACCUCUGAGAGGAUGUAGACAGAGAGAUCCGGAAAAAAAAACUAAAAAAGUAAAUGCUCACUUACCUAAGAUAGCCGCCUCCUUCAUCGUCUCUUCUUCUCCAACCAUAUCCUAUCCGAAUUCCAUAACUUGAUUUUCUGCAGAACUCUCAACACUAACCAUCGUAUGCUUUAUUCUCCAUAUUUCGAAACAUGAAUGCAGAAGAAGCAAAAACAGCCAUACAGCAAGCUUCAACCCUCAUAAGCUCUUCGUUAUCCUCCUCAUCUACUAUUCAAUCCUUCCCUGUCAAAUGGCAAUCUAUCAGGAUCAUGCUUGAGCACCUCCACUCCUGCCUAACGUCUGUCUCAAACAAUGCUGAUUCUGCAAGGAAUUCCUCUUUCAUAGAGCUGGUACAAGUCAUCUCUGUCACAGCAAAGGACACUGAGAGUCUUGCUUUGCGUUGCAGUGAUGAAUCAUACAAUGGUGGUAAGCUUCUCAUGAAGAGUGAUCUCGAUGUCAUCGCCACGAAAAUCCAGCUCCACGUCAAGCACAUUGAUGAAAUCUUUCCUUCUGGUGUUCCGUUGAACGCCAAGGCUAUAAUUCUAUCUAAGCCAGGGGCUGGAGCAACCAGAGAGAUUAUGGAAUUCUCUGUAAAGGACAUCUUCUCCAGGCUCAAGAUUGGAGACAAGGAGAUAAGAGCUGGAGCACUUAGUGCCCUCAACGAGGUCCUUAAAGAGGAUGGCAAGUAUGCUAGAAUUGUAGCCGCUGAGAUGGCUAACAGAGCAAGCACUCUUGUUAAUCUUCUUAAAUUAAGAGACCUCACGAUUCAAGAAGAGAUUUUGGAAGCCGUCGUGGUUGUUUCUAGCGUUGAUUCAAAUAGAACAAUGUUGGUGAUGGCCGGGGUUGUUCCACCCUUGAUUCCAGUUCUGCGCUGUGGAAGUGAAUUGGGAAAAGAAAGAGCUGCUCAAGUUCUGAAGCAAAUGACUGAGAAUUGUAACAACGCGUGGCUGCUGUCUUCAAAUGGUGGAGUCACAGAACUGCUCAAGAUUUGCAAUGAAGAAACUAGCUCUUGCAAGCUGAUAAGUUUGGCUUGUGGGGUGCUGAGGAACAUAAGUUGUGUCGUUGAGAUUAAGAUGUUCAUGGUGGAAGAAGGGGCAAUUUCAGUUUUUCUUAAGCUUUUGAAAUCAAAGGAAGAAUUGCUACAAACUCUGGCCAUGGAGUUUUUGUACAAGUUAUCCCUAGAUUCAGAAGAUGAAAUAAUCAUACAUGGUGAAGUAGUGAGACAGAAAGAAGAAGUUGUUGAGUCUCUCCUGACUGUCCUAAAUCCCAACUCUAUUUAUUCAUCUAAGGUUAGGGAGAUCAGCCUUCGAGCAAUCGAAGGAUUCUGCUUAUCAUCCACUAAUGCUGUGAACUAUCUUCUGGAUUCAGGAUUCCUUGACCAAGUUCUCUUCCAUCUGAAACAUGGAGAGAUCUUGGACCAAGAAUCGGCACUGAAAACUGUUUCUGUAUUCUGUAGAGUCUCUGAAGAGGCUAAGAAUACAAUGGGUGAAAUGGGCUUCAUGACAGAACUGGUUCGAAUGAUUGAAAACAGAUCUUCUGAGGUGAGCGAGACUGCAGCUGAAACUCUUUGUAGUUUAGUGCUGGUUCAGAAGAAUAGAAAAAGGUUCAUUCAAGCAGAACAGAACGUUGACACAGUUCUGCAGCUGUUAAAUCCAGAGGAAGAAAAGUCAGUGCUAAGAGGCCUUUUGCUCACAGCUCUGAUCUCCUUGACUGAUUGCAAUAGUGGGAGGAGAAGGGUUGCGAGUUCAGCUUAUGUGAGGAAUUUGGAAAAGCUUGCAGAGAUUAAUAUGACGGAUGCAAAAAAGAUUCUGAAGAGGAUAACCGGAAACAGAUUUCGAUCUAUUCUAAAUGGAAUUUGGGGCUUCUAAGUUUCAUCUUCAGUGCUUGUGAAUAUGUGAUAUUCAGCUCUUUUUAUUGCAGACUUUUAUUCAUUGGUGCUCCUAAGUUUCAUCUUCACUGCUUGUGAAUAUGUAAUAAUAUGAGAGAAGUAUAUCUCUAAUGUAUAGUGGUCACAAGUCAUAAUAUGAAAAUCAGCAAAUAAUGUUGAAGUUUGUUCUUGGAUGAGGAUUUCUGUUUGGAAGGCAAAAAGCAAUAACGCUAAACAACUGAGAGUAAGCUUCCCCUUCAAAUAUUUAUCAAAAUCAAAGCUUGGUUACCAUAGCGAACUCGCCACCCAAUAUAUAAGAUCAUAGGCUUCAAGGUCAGAAAAAUUUUAUAAAUAUUUGGUUAUUCUGAAUCUAAAUAUUUGAGUCUCAAGAAAUUCAAACAUACAUACAUUAGAAGGCUAUUUUGAAAAAAUAUUAAUUAGCGUUUCAUAAAACGUACAGCUGUGCCAUAAAUGUACUUUAUAUCUUCCAAAUGCAGGACCAAAGCUUUCAUUGAUGGCAACAGUAAGUGAAGGCAUUUCUUUAAUCAAUUAAUGAAAGCCAUGAAAGAAAAAUGUCAUGUUCGUUAAUAAAUAUUGUAAUGGAAACAUGU